GUGACAUUGCAGGUGAGUCGGUAGGGGGAAUGAACUUCGAAAGAUUUUGCCUUCCAUCUUAGACAAGGGCCCCCAUCUCAAUCUGGAGCUUUCUAAACCGCUGAUCGACACAUUGCUUCCAACACGGUUCGUACGCGAUGACCGUAGGAUCCGCACUGUGAUCACAACAACGUACAUCGCGGCUUAUUGAAUCAUACCCCGGAUUUAGGAGGGGUCUUAUCUCUCAAGCGCACUUUUCUCUGUUCUCUCUAUUUCUACUCUCUCUCUUGAGGACCUCGCGAAUCUCUCUCUGUCUCUCUGUUGCUUCAACGGAUUCCAGGGUUUACUAGUUCUUCGAUCGAGAAGAAGGAAAACUAUCCUGGUUGACGACUACUAAGUCUUCAAAUGUGAUAGUGGUUGCAUAAACAGAGUUUUUGUUCUGCAGUUCUCUGUUGUUGAGCACAAUAUGGCUUACGAAGAAGUUUUGAAGGCAGUAUUUCCUCUACUAGAUGGUACGGACCUUGCUUCUUGUAUGGUUGUCUGCAAGCAGUGGAGAGACAUAGCUCGAGAUGAUUACUUCUGGAAAUGUGUCUGUGCAAGGAAGUGGCCUUCAGUCUGCAAGCGACCGUCCCCUCCCACUUCAUCCUACUACAAGCUAUUCCAGACCUUCUACAACUAUAAGCGCCAGCAUCAUCGAACUCUCCUCCCACCUCGACUGUCAUUCGAUGAUUUGGAAUUUUACAUUGACAUUUGGAAUGAGGAGAGAUUAAUUUUCUCCGAAAUGGUCUCAGGCCGUGUUCUCCAGACUGGAUUCAAGACUCCACCGCCUGGAAUAUGUAACUUGCUUAAGCUAUACCUGGAUGGCCCCGAGUACAAGAUGACAUUGCCUGUUGAUCCAAGGUUCACUGUACCUUCUGGCCAUACUGUGAGUGUCUCUGUGCUUGUGAGACGCAAGGAUUCCAAUAGGAUUGCUUGCAUAAUAAACAAAUCCUUGUUUGAUUAUAUAGAUCGAACCUCAUUUAGAGCCCUCGCAUUUGAUUAUCUCGACUUCUCGCCACUUCACCCCUUUGUUUCGGGAGUCAGGGCGUGGAUUGCUUUGCUUUUCAUGGAAGAUGGAAAUGAUGGAGCCAUUGAUGUAUUUGCUAUUCAAAUGGAUUUUUGUGAUGUUGCAAGCUCCGAAGAAGAGGUUUUGUGGCUGUUGGACAUGCUUGAUUGGAAGUGAAGGGUGGAACUUCGUUCCUGAAGCAAUAAAAAACGUAGUCCAACUGCUGGGAAGUUGCAUUUCGUUGCCUUCAUUUCAAAGACUCUCAUUAUUGGUAUCAUUCUUUUGCAUCUUUAAAACUUGUAUAUAUUCAUCAACAUGUUUUCUUGAAUAAAAGUGGACAAUUUUUAUCUUUGCUUC